GACAUGGAUGAGCAGAGCCUCAAAGAGCCCCAAUCCAGGGAUUCCAGGCACCCCAGUCACUAGGCUCUGACCAAUGCCGAGCACAGAGAAACAAGGUAUCGAACAACAUUUUGUGGGAAUAAUGACAGCAUACCACGCGUCAGCUCCUUCACGGUCCACCACGCAGUCAAGCGUCAGAUAGCCCGGUGCGGCGCGUGCCAUUAUAAUAGGUACCAUGGCCCAAAUUGAUGUUGCCUGGGCUUCACAAGCUCCAGUCCUCUCUCCAACAGAGUCGCUAACACACAAUGGCUGCGCAGACGUUCCUCAAGAUGCUGGCCCUUGCGGGUUCCGUGUCCGCCUCUACGUUGUACUCGACCUACAACUUCAACCCUCUGGAGCAUCUCGCAGGCAUCGCACCCUACUUUGAGCCACAAGAUCCCUCGAUUUCACCAGAUGCGCCCCAGGGCUGUGUCGCUGAGCGUGCUGCCUAUCUUGUGCGCCACUCCGCCAUCUACGCCAACGACUUUGACUUUAAGACCUACAUUGAACCCUUCCUCGAGAAGCUGGACAACAAGACCGGCAUCAAGUGGAACCGGGUCCCGGACCUCAGCUUCUUGGACGACUGGGAGGCACCUGUUUCUGAUGAUGAGGUCUCCAUCCUGACACGGGUAGGCCGUCUCGAGGCCACUCGUCUGGGCGUGGACAUCAACUUCCGCUACCCUUAUCUGCGGGAUCCCAAGCGCAUUUGGACGUCGUCUGCUGAACGAACCGUCAAGGCUGCCAAGUCUCUGGUCCGCGGCUUGCAAUCAGAUGAGGAGACCAUCAACGUCGUCGAGAUCCCCGAAGGGUCAGAGUCUGGCGCCGAUAGUCUUACCCCCUACAAGGCUUGCCCAGGCUACUCUGGAUCCACAGGCAGUGAUGAAUCCAGCAAGUUUCAGGAGAGGUAUGCAAAGCCCCUGGUCGCUCGCUUCAAUGACCUUGCUCCCGACUUCAACUUUACGAUCAACGACGUCUUUGGCAUGCAGCAACUGUGCGGUUACGAGACCGUUAUCCGAGGCAAGUCGCCCUUCUGCGACCUCGACCUUUUCAAGUCUGAUGACUGGCUGGGCUGGGAGUAUGCGGAAGACGUUCGCUAUCACUACAAUGUCGGGUAUGGCAACAAAAUCUCAGGGCCCGUCGGACUGCCGUGGUUGAACGCCACUGCGGAGCUUCUGCUCGACAAUAAUGCCGGGAAAGACGCAGAGGAUCUGUACGUCAGCUUCACGCACCGUGAACUGCCCCCAAUGGUCGUUGUAGCCAUGGGGCUUUUCAACAACUCAGAGUUCAGCGGCGCCAACAACAUCAACGAGACCAUGCCAUUGGAUCGCAUCAACUACCGUCGAGCCUGGAAGUCGUCCAACAUCCUCCCCUUCUUGGGCAACAUUGCCAUUGAGCGCUUCAACUGCACCGACGCCCCUGGCUACGACGACGAUGAAUACUACAGAGUUCUGGUGAACAGCGCUCCCCAGCCUCUUCCAGGCUGCUCCGAUGGACCGGGCACUAUGUGCUCCCGCGACGGCUUCAAUGAGUAUCUCGAGGAGAGAAUGUCCGCUUUCGACGAGGGUUUCUCGGAUGCUUGUGGUGUUGAGUACGAUAACAGCACGGAUUCCCUUUCCAUCUACACAGACAAGUCAGUGGGAAACGGAACUGCGGUUGAUAAGCGUUACAACGCUUUCCAGUUGGAGUAAAUUGACGCCUUUCGUUGCGGUUGAUUUCUCGACUAUUUCUACGAAUCUCUUCACGGCCGAACAUAAAUAUACCCAGCGACACUAGACAGAGUCAUCAUGAGUAGACUUAUCUUAAUCUAAUUUACUGUGCUCCGUAUUGAUCCUACCAUUAACACCAGCUCAUAAAAUUCGCGUGCAGCCUAGACAAACGGCCUGUUUCAUUUUU